AUGCCGUCCAACGAGCGCGACGGCUCCCGUGACAGGGGCUUACUUGUCAAAGGUCACCAACAUUCGCACUCAGAAAGUACUCGAUCCGUGCCCAUGUGGGACAGUUCAGAUCCCGACAGGGCUCCCCCUCCUCUUCCAAUGAACCCGAGUACAGGCAGUCCCAAGACGAGAUCCAACGCAGCUCCCAGCAUCCAGGCCGCCGCGGCGAGCCUAACGGAGAAAAUGCGCGAGAAUGCCCCCAGCCCCUACACCACAAACCCUAUGCCUUUGAAAUCGUCGCCAGAGAAGUCCCUGAUAAAAGGGCAAUACCAUAAACGCAUGCAGUCCCUGCAAGAUACGCGCUCGGAAUUCCGCAACUACCUCGAGAGCCGGUCCACGGAGCGGCCAUCGCGGGCAUCUCUCUUCGAAACAGGAGACAAGUCGCGCGACAAGAGUCCCACGAGAUCGGGGACUUCGGCUACUCGUGAUUCAGAACGAGAGUCGCCGCAGUACCACGUUUCAAGCCGCUAUCUUUCAAAGCCGAUCUUAGGCGAGAAUACGCCACCAUCUGCCACAAUGCUGGCCCUGCAGAAUAUGCAGGUCCCAGGAGAAAACGAGCAGAAGCCGUCGAAUGUCUCUAAUCCUCCCGUUCCUCCUUCGAACAAUCUGACCUUGGACGCCUUGUCAGCGCAGAUCCUUAGUCUCACUAGUAUUGCGACGAACUUGCAGAAGGAGAUGGCUCAGUUGAGUCGGCGAAGCAAGGAUAAUGCCACAGACCUGCUUAGCCUUAAGGCUGCUACAAACGCUCGGGACGAGGAUAUCCGAAGAAGCAUCCGUGAGUUAGCCUCCAACAUCUCGUCCAAGUUACUGGACCCAGAAGCAGUGGGCACAAAGUCAGCACCCUACGGUUCCGCCAGUCCCGGAUAUGUGGUUGACAGCAAACCGUACGACAGUUCUCCAAGUUCCAGAAAGUCGUAUAUACCUCGCGUGGCGAGCCCCGGGGCCUAUGCGUUGGAAAGAGAUCUGUGUGUCUCUCCUGCCCCUAUAAGCGAUGGUUCUGCCAGCAUCGCCUUGCUAGAGAAGGUCCUGCGUGAAAUGGCUACUAAGGAAGCCCAAGACAAGCUGCUGGAGCUUGUCGAUGAGGUCAAGAGGAGGCCUGCAAAAGAUGGGGCUGAUAAGGACGCCGACAAGAAUAUCACUAAGAUGCUUGAGGAGAUUCUCAACUUGGUCAAAGAGAACCCACCGAAUCGAGCAUUGGUCCGCUCAGGUACCAGCGGGGGCAGUGAAAAGGCUCAGGGCACAGAUUCUGGGCAUGCUGAGACCCAGUCCCGGGCUAUCCCCCCCGCCCAUGACUCGCAGACUGCCGAUGACCAUGCUAUCCAGAAACGAGUGGCGACAGAGGACGUGGUUGAGCUCCUUAAGAGAGUAAAGAACAGCGUAGCCGAAGGAGGUGGCCUAACGAAUGAAGUCAAGGCCCUGGUUCGGGAAUUACGCGGCGAAGUAUUGGGCAUGGGAAGAGAAAUUGCUCGGAAACUGGACGAAGCAUCUGCUUCCCAGGCUGGUGAAGAGACUCGACGUGCUCCAGGAAAGGAGGAAAUUGCGGCAAUAGUGCAAACAGGUCUGGCGGAGCUGAAAGAGCAGAUGGCGUAUAUGAUCCGGGAAUAUCAGCGGGAAUUGUCGACAUCGGUGUCCCGUGGUGUUGCUGACAGCGCCGAAAUUUAUACAGCCGUGAAGACUGCCAUGGCAGAAUUCCCUCCACCUCAAUUCCCACCCGCGUCUUCUUCAGUGGGUAUGGAGAAGGAGGAUAUUCUGGAAGCUGUGAGGGAGGCUUGGGAAACUUACAAGCCAGAGAUCGAACUGCAGAACUUUGGCCUCGAACGAGAGGAGAUCCUUGAAUGUUUGAGCGAGGGCUUGAAAGCGUACCAGCCAAAGCAUGAGCCCGGUGUCACCUAUGAUCAAGUUCUCGCAGCGGUUCAAGCAGGGUUGAAAAACUUUGUGCCACCUCCCAUACCACCUCAGCCAACCAUCACAAGAGAUGAGAUCAUCGCCGCAGUCAAAGAAUGUCUUGAAAGUUUCGAGUUGUCGGUGCCCGAGCCCAGUGUUACGAAAGAGGAGAUCUUUGCUGCUGUUUCACAAGCCCUCGCUGGCCAGAAUGCUCUGACAAGAGCAGAUCCUGAUCCAGGAAUCACACGCGAUGAUGUCCUCAAUGCCGUGACAGAGGGUCUAGCUGCUCAUCAUGCUGCUGCCAAAGAAAUGGGCGAAUCCAACGUCACCAAAGAAGACGUCAUCGUUGCCGUCAACGAAGCACUGGCAACUCAACAAAGCAGUACACGAGAACCCGAAUCGAACCUAACGCGAGAGGAUGUGCUCAAUGCGAUAUCAGAGGGUUUGGCUAGUCAAACCGAAAUGAUUAGGGAGAUUGAGCUGAAUAAAGAGGACCUCAUGGAAGCGAUCACAUCCGGGUUCCAUGAAGCAACCAACUCCACGAAGUUUAAUGUCGGGGAACAAGUUCUCCAGCGUCUUGACGAACUGGUGCAGGGUAUCAAAGAUGAAUUCAAGCAAUACUCUGCUGCCAACGGCCGGGAUACCGAACAAGUUCUCGACGCGCUCAAAGAUGGCCUUGAGGGCCUGCGCAGUGAGGUUGAAUCUUACGUCGAUAGGGCUGCCGAUGUUACGGGCAAAGACGAGAUUAUCGACACAGUCAAAGAGGGCUUCAGACUCCUGCAAGCGGAUAUGGAGAGGACUAUUAAUGAGGCUGCUGCUGGGUCUGCAGGACGCGGCAACCCUGACACCCCUGAGCUCCUCGACGCUAUGGAAAAGGAGUUCGAGCAUCUUCGACAGACGCUCAGCUCUCUCCUUAUCCGUAGCAGCGUGUCAAGCGAGAAGGAUGAAAUUCUUGAUGCCAUUCAUGAUCUCAGUGAACGUCAGCGCCCUGGAACCGAUACUUCCGAGGUCGUGAAGACGGUUAAAGAGGAGUUCGAGAACCUCCGCGAAACAAUCGGCAUGAGUCUCGUCAAGUCAGGGCCUUCAGAGAAGGAUGAAAUAAUAGCUGCUCUCCGAGAGAGCUUUGAAAUACUACAAGCUGAAACCAUGCAGCGAAGAGAGGAAAGCAUGCUAUCGAGCACGACAGAGCUACUGGAUGCAUUCAACGAUGGUGUCGAUGCCAUCCGUGGAGACUUAGAAAAGGUUCUGAACAAGCCCGCCGACGACAGCAGUGGUGAGAUUUUGGAGACGCUUAGGGAAGGACUAGCUAGCAUCAAGGUGGAGAUGGAACUUCUCCGAGAGUCACAAAAGGAAUUUGAGGAGACGACAACCAAUCGUGGCAAAGAACUCAUCCUAGCGAGUGAGACUGCCAUUGGGAACGACAUUGAAAGCCUCAAGGCUCUCAUUACUCAGCUUCAAAUUAAGGUUGAGGCUAUAGAGUCCAAUUCACAGGCCUCCCAACCUCCAGAGGAUGCCUUGAGAAAAGAGCAUCUCGACGAAGUCCUCGCUGCAGUGAGAGACGUUCACGGUUCUGUCGUUGAAGUUGGUGCCCGGGAGAUGCCCCUGGACCCGACAGCUGCCAGGAAGGAUGACAUAGACGCCAUUGAAACGCUUCUACGAAAUACGAAGGCUAAGAUCGAUGAAAUGAAUUUCCCUGGGCCCGAUGAAAUCGCAAAGUCAGAACAUAUAAUAGCCUUGGAGGCGCUUAUUUCAGAAACAAAAGAUACCCUCAACGAGCUGUCUAGCCGCAUCGAUGCAGAGGGACCUACCAAAUCAGAGCUUGGAACUCUAGAAACUCUGCUAAAGGAUGUGUGGGUUGCUGUCGAUGACCUUAAAAACAGCGAGAAGUCCGCACAAGAAGAUCCGGAGAGGGUGGUAAAGAGCGAUCUCCAGACUGUGGAGGCCAUGAUUUUUGAGGUCAAAACACAGAUCGAAGAGCUCAAACUCCCAGACGUGGAGACACUGCCUACGAAAGCCGAGAUCCAGGAACUUGGCGGGCUUGUGGCUGAGUUCAAAGAAAAGGUCGAGACCGAAGCUGAACUAACUGCUCAAGCCUUCGAGGCACGGAAGGUCGAGCAUGGCGGACUUGCGGAAAAGAUUGAUGAGGCUAAGGCCGUUGUUGGUGAACUGCGAGAUGAGUUGAAGAGCAAGCUUGACGGGAGUCAAGAAGGGCUCUCGGAGUUGAAGUCUCUCAUAGAAGGCCUAACCGCAUCCGCCGAGACGUUCAGUACCGUUGAGAGUAUCAAGGAGCUCAGCGAACUCAUCAAUCGGGAAUUCGAGCGCGCUCGCGGGGAACAGGAAGCAGCGAAGCUCGAGACUGAGGAGCGAGAUGCCGCUGCCUUGAUAAAACAAGAAGAAAGCCGUGCUGGCAUUGUGUGCGACCUAAGUGCCAAGAUUGACGAGAGGAUUGGAGAAAUCCUAGCCAAAUAUGACGAACUGCAGGCAGCAGUCGAUUCGAAAUUUACGAAGGCUGAAGCACGGGAUGCGGCCACAGUCGAACAUCUGACAGCCACAAAGAGCAUUGCUGAAGACAUCAAGCUCGUUAUUGGUGCUAUGGGCGACAGUGUGACGGAAACUUGCGAGCGCAUGAGUGAUGACGCGAAGACGUUUUUCCACAAAGUUGAUGAAUCCUACAAUAAGAUGGAAGCGAUGCACAAUGAAAUCAAAGAACAACAAGAGCAGUCCAAGGCAGAAUUGGAGAAAGCGGCUGCAGUAGCAGACCGCGUGGAGAGGCAAAUCCGUGAAGAUCACCCUCAAAUCCUCGGCGCUAUCAAGGAUAUUCUUUUCCUCGUCGGUCAGCAUUACGAGCACUCCCAGAGAACUACCGAACAAAUAAAGUCAGAUCUGUGCGCCAUCCCUGCGGCCAUUCCUUCUCUCCUUCCUGCCCUCCCUCCUCCCGAACCGGAAAAGUACGAGACA